GAUAGCAUUGGGAAGAGUGCCGACGACUGCUUUGAGUCAACCAAUUGGGUUCAUCCCUCCAGCCUUUACAUGGUUUUCAAAGGGUUAUAAGGAUGCCUUUCAAAGUGGGGAACAGGAGCCAUGGGUUUUCAGGGGAGGUUUGACCGGCGAAUUACAGAGAUUACUACCCGUUGAAUCAGUUAGCGAUCUAUUCUUAUAUAAAGCCCCGGAAUCUCCUUCGAGUCAGAUCUACACAAUUAGACCAUACCUUCAAUCUGACGAGUCGUAUGUAUACGAUGUCUGUCGGAAGACAUAUGCUUUGGA